CUAUUACGUCGAACCUACCGCCUGUUCUCGCCAGUAGCCCGGUCUUAUCCCAGCAUCCCGGAGCUUCGGCCCCUCAUCACCUUUGCGUCCUCGGGCAGAUUGUCGGACAUCGCCUCGGGUGUUUUCGUCGCCGCCUGACCUCCAGUAGCACAAGACGCGGCAUCCGCUGGCGCCGACAGAGGUCGGGAAGCCCUCCAUUUUGGGCGCAGUAGGGUCCUUUCAGCAGAUGCUUGCACGACUCCGCUGAGAUGCCUCUUCACCUGGAGGUACCGCCGGUCAGAGACCCGGACCUUCGCCGGUCGCCGUCACCACCUCCAUCACCGUCGCGGGCUCUCCAGACAUACAACGACAAAUAUGUUGUGGUGUAUGACUUUAGCGAAAUAGACUACUAUGAAGCUGCAAAGGAAUUCACUGCCUUGAUACACAGCCUCGAGGCUACUGGCCUCCACGUCGAAGUGAGGCCAGGGUAUGAACAGACUAUUCUGCUAUUUGUCAAGGCACCGAGUGCGCUCCUGGGAAACAGAGUCUACAAGCUGAGAGUGAGGGAUUGGCUCUAUGGCAUCACGCAAACACGGCCACCGGGAAACAAGCAUACAAUUGUCGCUGCGUGGUAUGAAGCUGAAGAUCUCUUAUCCAUGGACCACCUGGUACGCUGGCCACAAUCCAUGGGAGGAGCGGGCAUCACUCCAGGUCUCGGCGAAUGGAAGAACGUCAAGGCCAUCUUCCCCAUGCACAAUGAUAAAGUAAACCAGAAGUUGCUACGAAGCUUUAGCAAGAAGCUGCUGCUAGGGAUUGAUGAUCUCGAUCAGAUACGAGAUCUGUUUGGCUCAAAGGUCGCCUUCUACUUUGCUUUCGGACAGUCCUACUCAGCCUUUCUCCUCUUUCCAGCCGUUACUGGUCUCGUUUCGUGGCUAUGGCUACCAAAAUACUCCAUCGUAUACACCAUCUUGACCGUAAUCUGGUGCACCGUCUUCCUCGAAUAUUGGAAGGUCCGUGAAGUCGACCUGAGCGUACGAUGGCGGGUGAGAGGAGUCAACAAAACAAAGACAAAUCGACCAGAGUACAGAUACGAACGAGUCAUUGUGGACCAAUACGGCCGGACGCUUCACUACACUCCCAAGUGGAAGCAGAUUUCGCGGCAGCUCCUGCAGGUGCCAUUCAUGGCUAUUGCGACUGUGGCGCUUGGCCUCAUGAUCAGUGCAGUGUUUGCUAUUGAGACUCUGAUAUCCGACUCAUACGAUGGGCCAAGCAAUCUGUACCUGGACUAUCUGCCCACCGUGCUCCUGGCCGUCAUCAUCCCUUACAUCAGUUCAUACCUGGAAACAGUCGCCAAGUGGCUUACAGACUUUGAGAACCACCGAACAGCAGACAGUCACGAAAUGUCGCUCACGCAAAAGAUCUUUAUCCUCAGCAUCAUCACGAACUACCUUCCCAUCCUGCUGACAGCCUUUGUCUACGUUCCAUUUGGCGACCGGAUUUUCCCUUGGCUCGAAGACCACAUCGUUCAUUUUGCCCCCAACAUCGGCAAUCGCUUGACUGAGAAGCCCUUUAGGCUAGAUUCCGACCGUUUGCGACACGAGGUCAUCGCAUUGACUGUGACCGGGCAGCUGUCUAGCUUCUUUGAGGAGAAUAUUCUGCCCCUGAUCAAGUACAAAAUGAGCAGUUGGUACCGGGAGUACCGCCGCAACUACACCAAAGAUACGAUCCUCAUAUCCAUGGUCACCGACGAUGAAGACGAGGCGCAGUUCCUGGAGCAACGCCGCAACGAGGCCACGCUGGAGCCGUACAAUGUGCAGGAUGACAUUGCGGAGCUGGUGCUUCAGUUUGGAUACCUGGCCCUGUUUUCGUCUGCUUGGCCGCUCAUCCCCCUGGGCUUCCUCAUCAACAACUGGGUCGAGCUUCGGUCCGACUUUGCCAAGAUUUGCAUCGAGCAUCAAAGGCCGCCGCCAUCUCGCGCAGAAGGCAUUGGGCCCUGGAUCGUCUCGUUGGAAAUUCUCGUGUGGCUGGGCAGCAUCUCCUCUGCAGCCAUUGUUCAUCUGUUUAGCACUGAUGGAGUGCUGAGUGGCGGCUGGUCAACGCUUCCACUGACGAUUUUUGUCAGCGAGCACAUUCUCCUCGCUCUUACAUGGAUAACGCGCGUCAUCUUCCAGCGCCUCGGCUCUGAGCAACUACGUAGGGAGAGAAGCGAGCAGUAUGCAAGAAGACUGAGAAUCCUGGAGGAGAUUGAGGAGCACAAGCGCGAUGGAGAGAACAUUGGCGUGCGAGAGCGAGAGCGCAGAAAGUCGCUGCUGAUUGCGGGCAACGAGAGCUUCUGGACGAAGCAGUUGGAAGAGGGAGCGAGUGCGGCGGCUGGAAUGAAGCUGAUUUCACUGGCAAGGAAGUCGGAUGGAGAGGGCAAGAAGAAGCAAUAG